AUGGCGAGGCUCCGCUUGGAAGUUAGUGUCUGUGGAUCUGUGUGUGUGAGAGAGAGAACACGGAGUAUCAGCAGCGAAAUGAGUAUAAGAGUGUAUUACACAACCGUUGCCGGCUCCAGGGAGGUGAAAUCCCAGCAGUCCGAGGUGACGCGUGUCUUGGACAGUAAAGGCAUCAAGUAUGAAAUGAUUGACAUUGCACAGAAUAACGCGUUGAAGGAGGAAAUGAGGAGCAAGUCGGGAAACCCCAGCGCACUGCCUCCUCAGAUCUUCAAUGGUGACCAACAUUGUGGGGGUUACGAGGAUUUUGUGGAAGCUGUGGAAACAAAUGAUGUGCGGAAGUUUCUGAAGCUCGACUAAAUUCCCUCCGCGCCAGAUUGACGAAGGGCAGAGUGCAGAGCCAACCCUGAUAUAACUCUCACACCCCACAUGCAAUCCCAAUCAUCAAGCUGUUUUAGAACCACCCAUAAACAGUUACAGCUCCACUGUUUGCUCAGCCAUUGCUCCUUCAUUGGAGGCUUGUUGCCAAUUCCCCAUUCCACAGUCAUUCUUCAACUAUUAAUGAGUUAAGCCUAGUUACUCCACAACUGAAUUAACACCUUGCCGUUCCUCAGGGUAAGGUGUAGGAUGCAAAACCAAAUGGGGUGGGUGUUGAGUGACUCUCUGUCUCAGGGAGAGAGAGUAGCUGGGAUUGGGGAGACCAUUGAAUUGGACCAGUUGUGAAAUUCAGCUGCCUCUCUCCAGGUAUUUGGGAUGGGGGUUGGGGGGCUGGGUCCUGAGCUGGUGUUCGGGACUGGGAGCAAACCUGAGAUGCAGGCAGUUGCUGAUGAAAAGUAACAUGUUCUUGGCUGGAAGAUGGGAGGAGUAAGAAAGGGUAUGUGCAGUCCUUGGCUGGAGGGUCAUAAGCUAGUGGAAAGAUGUUUUUUUUUGUAGUAGUGGGGUGUGCCUCAUAAAUUAACUUUAUUGAGGCUGCUCCAUGUGCUCAUUCUUAAAUGUCUAUUGUUUACUGUAAUCCCUGGGGUGUUAGGCCAUUGAGAGCCAAAGCUCUUCCUGUAGUAUCUAGUUUGUGGGAGUCUGGGAUUUGGAAAGGUGGCUUAUCUUCACUCGCGUUUAUGAGGUAACCGUCAUGGGUCAUUGGAUCAACCUUUGCUCUGGUGUGCUUAUAGACUCCCACCCCUCCAGUUAGUAUUAUUGUCCAUUGGGUUUGGCAUCCUGUUCUGUCAGUUGUGUCCCAGGAGAAGGCUCUGCAUCUUACACCCGCAGAUGGCGAAGAUUCCAUGACUGAGGAUCACUCCCUGCUGCAGGCGCUCCAAUGCUUUAAGAAACAAGUUUGUAAUUGUCAUGGGAAUGUCUGCAAGGAUGCACAGCAGCUGUUACGGAAACGCUUCACAGUUAUUGCAAGGCCUGUGUGCUCACACCCUUAACUUGUUAUUUUUCCUUGGCUCUAUUUCCUCUUUCAUCCCCUCUUCACAGCUCUCUCCUUUUCGCUAUUCCAACCUGGACCAAGUAGGUUUUCUGCCAAAAUAUUAAAUAAUGUCUUCCAGGAAGAUAUGAAAUGUUUUGA